GGGUCAUGUGAUCUCUGAAAGCGGAAGCCAUGUUGGAUGAGACUGUCGACUUUAUCGCCGAUGCAUCCUAAUCAGGGAUGGAUACUUAUAAAUCAGUGACAUUCUUGAGCAAAAUGAGGAUUUUGUCACAUCAAAUCUAAUUCAAGAUGGCGCUCAAAAAAGUGAAAGGGACCCUAGAACGGGUCCUGGACAAGAAUUUGCAAGAUCUUGUACGAGGCAUAAGAAAUCACAAGGAAAAUGAGGCCAAGUACAUAGCAGAAUGCAUCGACGAGAUCAAACAGGAAUUGAAGCAGGAGAAUCUGGCCAUCAAGUCCAAUGCUGUCAACAAGCUCACAUAUCUCCAGAUGCUGGGCUACGACAUCAGUUGGGCAGCUUUCAACAUCAUCGAGGUCAUGAGCUCCACCAAGUUCACUAUAAAACGGAUUGGAUAUUUGUCGGCUUCGCAGUGUUUUCAUGAUGAAACAGAUGUCCUGAUGUUAACAACCAACAUGAUCAGAAAGGAUCUCAGCAGUCAGCACAUCUAUGAUGCUGGUGUGGCUCUCAGCGGGCUGUCAUGCUUCAUCACUGCAGACUUGGCCAGGGAUCUCGCUAAUGACAUCAUGACACUGAUGACCUCAUCUCGGCCAUAUCUGCGGAAGAAGGCGGUGUUGAUCAUGUACAAGGUCUUCCUCCAGUUCCCCGAGGCACUCCGCCCUGCCUUCCCCAGGCUGAAGGAGAAACUAGAGGAUGCUGACCCUGGGGUCCAGUCUGCAGCCGUCAAUGUCAUCUGUGAGCUGGCCAGGAAGAACCCCAAGAACUAUCUGUCUCUAGCCCCACUCUUCUUCAAACUGAUGACCAGCUCCACCAACAACUGGGUCCUCAUCAAGAUCAUCAAACUGUUCAGUGCUCUAACACCUCUCGAACCUCGACUUGGGAAGAAGCUGAUUGAGCCUCUCACCAACUUGAUUCAUAGCACAUCGGCCAUGUCGCUGUUAUACGAAUGUAUUAACACGGUGAUAGCUGUCCUCCUUUCUAUAUCUUCAGGCAUCCCCAACCACACCGCCUCAAUUCAGCUUUGUGUUCAGAAACUUCGCAUCUUAAUUGAGGAUUCCGAUCAAAACUUGAAGUACCUUGGCCUGCUUGCGAUGUCCCGGAUCUUGGCCACACACCCCAAGAGUGUUCAGAUGCACAAGGACCUCAUCUUGCAGUGUCUGGAUGACAAGGAUGAGUCAAUACGGCUGCGGGCACUGGACCUCCUCUACGGCAUGGUGUCGAAAAAGAACUUGAUGGAGAUCGUGAAGAAGCUGAUGAUCCACAUGGACAAGGCGGAGGGGUCACACUAUCGGGAUGAACUCCUGUCUAAGAUCAUCCUCAUCAGCAGCCAGUCCAACUACCAGUUUGUCACCAACUUUGAGUGGUAUGUGAGUAUCUUGGUGGAGCUAACACGGAUGGAGGGUACCCGACACGGCAAGAUGAUCGCUAGUCAGAUGCUGGAUGUGGCCAUCAGAGUGCAGGCCAUCAGGCAGUUUGCUGUGGAUCAGAUGGCGAUCCUGCUGGAGAACUCCCACGUGCUGGCCAAUAACUCUCAGCGUAACGGCAUCUGUGAGGUCCUGUAUGCAGCAGCAUGGAUAUGUGGAGAAUUUUCAGAAUGUCUGAAGGACCCUAAGUCCACGCUGGAGGCCAUGCUUCGUCCCAAGAUCACUAUCCUGCCGGGCCACAUACAGAGUGUGUAUGUGCAGAACAUCCUAAAGCUGUACGGGAAGGUGGUGCGGCAGGCGGAGGAGGACGGGGAGGAGGACCUGCUCCGGGAGGUCAACCAGCUCAUGUCCGAGAAGCUGCCCAUCUUCGUCUCCAGCGCUGACCUGGAGGUGCAGGAGAGAGCUUGCUGUAUCUUACAACUGGUGAAGUAUGUCGGCAAGCUAUUAGACAAAGGUGCUAAAAUUGGAGAUGACAUAGAGCUGUUAUAUGCAGGCGAGCUCAACCCCGUCGCUCCUAAGGCUCAGAGAAAAGUGCCAGUGCCAGAGGGAUUGGAUCUAGACAAGUGGAUAAAUCAUCCGCCUCCUGAAAGUUCAGAUGAGGAAAUUGGAGGCCCAGCCUUCUUCACUUCAGGUUCAGAACACAGGGAUACCUACCAGUAUGAAAGUGAAAGGAAAACCUAUGAGCCCACAGCAGAAGAGUUAGAGAAGAGGCGGGAGGCCAGGAAGGUCGAGAUGGAACACAAUCCCCACUACCUGAAAGGAGAUAUCAAAAAGAAGAGCAAGAAGUAUGAUACCAGCCACAUUGAUGACAUCCCAGUUGCCACAUUAGACUUGUCUGUGCCACUCCAUGUGCCAGGUCUGUCUGCCUCAGAUAAAUAUUUAAAUAUGUAUUCAAAUGUAGACACGCGGGACAAGUCCAGAAAAGGGAAGAAAGGCAAGAAGAAGAAGAGGAGGAAGGGAAAAGAAUCGGAUUCGGAGGAGGACCUCCCUGCAAUGCAUGCUGUCAGCACUGUAGAGGAAAUGCCCGAGGGUGCUCACCUCUCGGACAAUGAAAAUGUUGAUGAAUUUUCAUCAGAUCCUUUCAAGAAGUUGGAUGUUAAUCUGGAUGAACCGCUGCGGGAUGACGAGAAGCUGCCAGUGAGGCAACACAGACUGGUGCUGGAGGCGUCGCCGGACAAGGAGCUGGACGGAGACACGGAGAAGACCAAGAGAAAACACAGGAAGGAGAAAGAAAAGAAGAAAGACAAGAAAGAAAAGAAGGAGAAGAAAGAGAAGAGAGACAAGAAGAAAUCAAAGUCAGAGCAUAAGGACAAGGAUGGCCCAACUUUGCUUCUAACGGCAGCUGAGGAGGAGACGGCAUCAGAAGCCAACAUCGUCAACAACGUGGACAAUACAGCCACCAGCAUGAGUCCCCCUGAAGAACAGUCAGAUAAGACCAACGACAUAGAGUUCUGGCUGUCAGGGAGUGAUGCUGCCACAACCCCCUCCCCAGUUAAAGAUUCAAGGCCAGUGGUGAACAAUGUAGGUCGAACCAAGUCGCCCAAACUCACGGUCAAUGAUGUCCUGUCAUCCGAGGAAGAAGAUAGUGCUAAAGUGAACGAGGAGAAGCCAAAGAAGAAGAAAGAGAAACGAGGGAGUAAGAAGGAGAAGAAAGAGAAGAAAGACAAGAAGAAGAAAGACAAGCUGCGGCGGCAUGAGUACGAGGAGGCUGAGGGGAUCACCACCCCGUCGAAGGAGAACAUCUCCAUGUCCCAGCAAGGCACCCCCAUGGAGAUACAGCUGCCGCCAAUGUCCAGUUAUAAACUCCUUGCUGAAAAUGCCACUUUGAGGAUGACAUAUGAGACACGAGUAUCACCACAGCGUAGUGACCAGAUCAUCAUCUCGGUAGUCUUCAAUAAUCAGACCAAGAACCACUUGAAGGACCUGGAAUUCAAUGUCCUGGACACACUCAACACCAAGCUGAUCAGAGGGAUGGGCAAAUCCCACCAUGAUGCUGUCAGGGUUCCCUUCAUCUUGCUGCCUGAGUCCCAGAACGAGGGACAGUUUGCCUUCAGCAUUGAAAGUAUUUCUAUGUCUCAGAGGAUGAGGGGAACACUCACGUACAUUAUCAAGUCGGAUGAUGGUUCAACACAUGAAAAACUAGACUUUAAGCUUCAGCUUCCAUGUAGCUCUUACCUUGUCACAACACCAUGCAAGAGUGAUGAAUUUGCCGAGUUACUAGCCAGUGGAGACCUGCCGGAGAAGGGCUCCUGUAAGCUGACCCCAGUAGACACCGAGUUCCCUCAUGUCCUCGCCAAAAUGUGCUUUUACCUGCAUUUCAGAUUAAUAGAACAAGUAGAUAAAAGUGCUUCAUUAUUCAGCAAGUCUAUUCAAGGUCACCCAAUCUGCUUACUGGUCAAAAUGGUAAAUGGUAGUCUGAAUGUGGAUGGGAAGAGUUCGGAGAGCAAGUUGUUGUCAGGAUUGUUGGACGAUAUCAAAUCUUUGUUGACGGAGGAGUCUUAACACUGAGUCAGCACAUAAUUUAUUGUGAUUCCAGACAUUGUGAUGAAUACUACAAAUACAUAUUUCAUUCUAUGGUAUUUCUCUGCUUAUUAUGGACCACAAUGUGUGAUGUGUCACCCCCCGGGCAGGGACAUGCCCACCUGGGGAACGUGACUGUGUAUGUGACCAAGGUGGAUGAUUCCGUAUGUUCAAGAUUCAGCUAAUUCUACUGUGAUUACAGGGAUACAGGCAGUGUUUGGAAACUAUGAGAGCUUUUCAUUUGUAAAUUUGGCUUGAGCUCAAAUAUUCAGAGGCAUCAGUGAUCGUCAUGAUAUCGUUAUGGAAACAUGAAGAAUCUGAAGAUGUAACAUUGCGUCGGAAUGAUGUCCUGUUCAGUCCUGUGUGAUGGUUAGGACAAAACUAGGAUCAUGUGUUGAUCAGUGAUGCAAACUGAUGAAAUUGUUUGAUAGAAAAGCAUUCUGGUGCAUGCCAUAUUUAUUAGUAAUUACGAAGAAGAAAAUGAAAUUUCUUUGAAAUAUAAUCAGAUAUUGUGAAAUAAUAUUAAUGAAACACAUGCAUGGACAGAUUAUUUUAAUGAGUAUUAUGUGAUUUGUCAGACAAGUUGACUGCCUUCUGUAUUAAAUUCUUAUCUUAUUCCUCCUGUUUCGACAUAUUACUGUGCAACAUUUUUAUGAACAAUGCUGUACAUCAGCCAUCAUUUGUAGUAUAUAUUGCAAACACAUUGGAGACUGCCAUUCUUAAUAUCAUGCAAUUUGGUGCAGCAAAUAUUUGUCUGUAGGCUGUGCUGGUUCUACAUUAGACAAUCGUGAACUGUGUAGAUUACCAUUCAUUGGGAACUUCCAUGUCCGCUAUUGUCAGUCCGGUGUGGAGCAGAUGUAGACUCUCAUCCCUUGUUGGAAACUGAAGAGUUUUUAGUUAGAUGUGCUCUGGCUCAAAAACGUAGUUUUCAUGUCCCAACCCUGUGACUUCAUGAAGGAAGGACUGUUUCCUCUUGUGUAAGUGUGUCAUACCACACUGGUUAGACAUUGCUUCCAAUGUGUUCUACCUGAAUAGAUGUAUUUAUUCUCAACUCAUGUUUCACCUCUGCUUAUUGCAAACUAGCCAUCACAUCGGUAUGCACAGUAAUCAAAUGUUUAUUUCAAUAUGGUAGUCAAAACAAUUGAUGCUAGACUUGUAGAACCAAUGUUUGGUGACGAGUCGGUGCAUGUGGUUCAUUCUUCUAUGUCACUGUUAGAUGAAAAGGUUGUGUGUGAUGUAAAUGCACGGGGCAUGGUUACUAUGUUGUAGAACUAGACUAUUGUCAAACUGACCGCCAGUGAUACAGAGAAGGCUGCUCACCGCAAUGGUUUCAAGCUGAUUUAGUACCGACAGUCCUCCAAUUUCAGAACUGUAAGAAUAAAAACAGCUCAUGGUCAGUGUUUGACUCCUGUAAAAUCUCUAGUGUGGGGGGGUGUCUUUAAGUUUAUUAUGCCAUUUCCUUUUCAUGGCAUCAACGUGAGUAAGUGAGUAUGGUUUAACGCCGCUUUUAGCAAUAUUCAAGCCAUAUCACGGCAGGGGACACCAGAAUUGGGCUUCACAUAUUGUACCCAUGUCGGGAAUCGAACCCGGGUCUUCGGCGUGAUGAGCAGAUGCUUUAACCACUAGGCUACCCGACCGCCCCUUGGCAUCAACAUGAAACCACUUUCUUGUCUCACUAUAAUGUCCAACCAAGAAAAGCUUGGCUUUCUCAUGAAUGUACUCUAUAUAGAGAGCUUUCUCCUAAAGGUACUCUAUAUAGAAGGCUUUCUCCUGAAUGUACUGUAUAUUGGGGAAGCCCUCCUUAAGGACCUCUGUAUAGAGGGCUUUCUCCUGAAUGUACCGCUACUCUGUAUAGAGGGCUUUCUCCUUAAGGUACUCUGUAUAGAAGGCUUUCACCUGAAGGUACUCUGUAUAGAGGGCUUUCUCCUGAAUGUACUCUGUAUAGAGGGCUUUCUCCUGAAGGUACUCGGUAUAGAGGGCUUUCUCCUGAAGGUACACUGUAUAGAGGGCUUUCUCCUGAAUGUACUCUGUAUAGAGGGCUUUCUCCUGAAUGUACUCUGUAUAGAGAGCUUUCUCCUGAAGGUACUCACUAAAGAGGGCUUUCUCCUGAAGGUACUCUGUAUAGGGGGCUUUCUCCUGAAUGAUCUCUGUGUAGAGGGUCAUGAUGAUGUUGCUGUAUGUAUCCACGGACGCACAUGCUUGUUGAUGUGAUCAGAGUAUAUAUUUGUAAUUUGCAGCAUAUGUGUUUGUGGUAAAUGGACGCACCAGAUGGAACUGUCUUGUACUGUCUUCUGUCCCUUUCUGUCAUCACUGUGACAUCUAAGUUAGGAUCAGUAAAUACUUGGUACAACCACAUCAGUUCUGCUUGAAGACAAAGUGCCCGGAUGCUUACAUCCCUGGCACAUAAGGAUUGUAUUCCUUUUCCUAUUGUUUUCAUCUUUAACCAGGAAUUCAAAUGUUCAUGAACUCUUGAGACUUAUCAUUCCAAUACAUCCAUUUCUUUAAACCGAGACAUUGAUGAAGCCUCAAUGUGUGUGCUGAGAAAACAGCAUGCCAUGCAUUUCCUUAAAUCAGUACAAAGACCAGUGGAGCCCUGAACAUGAUGGCAAUAGCUGACAUUUGUGGAAAUAAUGUGUUAUACCUUGACAAUGUAUUUAUUUUUAGAGAAAGUGUUUCGUCAAAUACAGAAACUAUUGAGCAAUUCCUGCCUAUGUUAUACCAAAGUUGAAGCUUGUUUUGUCUUGUUUAUGUUGUUGUUUUGUUACACAUCUGUGAGACUGUUUUGACUUUGUCCAGUCAGUUCUGUUAAGGCACUGUAGUUGCACACGUCACUGUAUAUAGUGGCUGGAGAUGGGGGUUGUCUGUACAUACAUUAUACACUUGUCUGUAUGCAUAUAACCAUUGGAGACUCGGGGCAUGGGAAUGAUCUACAGUAGCACGUACAGCGGCGGUGGGUGCAGGACAGGUGGUUGCGGAGACAGGUACCUGGUGAUGAUGAGUUUCCGGUUGCAGAGUACUACACACAGCCUGGGGGUCCUGGCAGACUAGGAUACUUUAAUAUUUGACCACCAAAUACCAUUCUGGUUAUUUCUUUCACUUUUAUGAAAUCCAUUUCUCCAAAGCAGAGAAGUCAGUAUCUACCGGUAACAAAAAAUUGACAGGUAACUAACUUAUUUUGCAAUUAUGCAGGUCAAAUACAAACAGGUCUUAUAGUUGAAGAUUAGGGUACCAUCUUCAUUGAAAAAACAAUGGUAGGAGUUUCUUUGAUGUGUUCUUUGUUUUACCCCUGAUUGUACCUCCAGUCCUGCCCCAGGCAAUGUCUGGGAGAUCUAUGCACCUUAGUUAGAAUGGGGUGAUCAAAUAAAAUAUUUUCAUUCUAGUCGAUUGGGACAUUUGCAUAGCUACCUGGCACUGUAUGUUCGACCUGCUAUCAGCACAUUGUCUUAAGUGCUAUUUAUUUUGGUUGUAUGAUCUCGGUGACACAACAUUGUCUGAAGUGCUACACAUUAUGGUUGUAUGACCUCAAUGACAGCACAUCAUCUGAAGUGCUACACAUUAUGGUUGUAUGACCUCAAUGACAGCACAUCGUCUGAAGUGCUACAUAUUAUGGUUGUAUGACCUCAAUGACAGCACAUCAUCUGAAGUGCUACACAUUAUGGUUGUAUGACCUCAAUGACAGCACAUCAUCUGAAGUGCUUCCCAUUAUGGUUGUAUGACCUCAAUGACAGCACAUCGUCUGAAGUGCUACACAUUAUGGUUGUAUGACCUCAAUGACAGCACAUCUGAAGUGCUUCCCAUUAUGGUUGUAUGACCUCAAUGACAGCACAUCAUCUGAAGUGCUACACAUUAUGGUUGUAUGACCUCAAUGACAGCACAUCAUCUGAAGUGCUUCCCAUUAUGGUUGUAUGACCUCAAUGACAGCACAUCAUCUGAAGUGCUUCCCAUUAUGGUUGUAUGACCUCAAUGACAGCACAUCAUCUGAAGUGCUUCCCAUUAUGGUUGUAUGACCUCAAUGACAGCACAUCUGAAGUGCUUCCCAUUAUGGUUGUAUGACCUCAAUGACAGCACAUCAUCUGAAGUGCUUCCCAUUAUGGUUGUAUGACCUCAAUGACAGCACAUCAUCUGAAGUGCUUCCCAUUAUGGUUGUAUGACCUCAAUGACAGCACAUCAUCUGAAGUGCUACACGUUAUGGUUGUAUGACCUCAAUGACAGCACAUCAUCUGAAGUGCUACACGUUAUGGUUGUAUGACCUCAAUGACAGCACAUCUGAAGUGCUACACAUUAUUGUUGUAUGACCUCAUUGACAGCUCAUCUGAAGUGCUUCCCAUUAUGGUUGUACGACCUCAAUGACAGCACAUCUGAAGUGCUACAGAUUUUGGUUGUAUGACCUCAAUGACAGCACAUCAUCUGAAGUGCUACACAUUAUUGUUGUACGACCUCAAUGACAGCACAUUGUCUUGGUUCCGGCUGCAUCUGACAAGUUGUUAAUAGUCACUGUAGAAACUGUAUAUAAGAGUACUUGUGAAUGAAUAGCAUGCAUUGUCUGGAUUUACUUGAUUUUACGUGAUUAACCGAACUAUUCAAAUAUUUACCUCUUCUUUUCAGAAGCUCUUGCUCAAUAUAAUUGGUUAAUGAUAAGACAUCUUAUAAUCAAAGAUUUUUCUUAGAUUCUGUGAGUAUAUAUAUAUACAUGUACCCUUGCACUCAUUGUGACAAUUUUCUUCUCUGUUCCUAUACCCAUGUGCUUACAAACAUCUUUCAAGUUGGAAUUGCCAGUAUUUGUCCGAAAAAUGUUUCCCCCUAUCAUUAAGUCUACAAUAUCAGCUCUGUUCAAGUGUAUGUGCAUACUUUCAGUUAUGGAAGAAAAUAUGUAACAUAUUUAAUUGUAUGGAAAAAUUGAUCAUGGAAAUGUACAUUGAGAUGUAUUUUAAAAAUAAAACCCUCAAAGUA